AUGGCCACCGAAACCGAGACUUUGUCCUUUUCACUACCAACGAGCACUGCUCCCACCGACGUUUCUGAGUCAACAUGUAUGCCUCACUCUACGCCCUUUCACCAACAAACUUCGGCAUAUCCGCCACAGAACAUACCCACCGAGUGGGAUACUAGGAUACCACCAAUGGAAACACCUGCAACGCAUGCACAGCAAUUUUGUAGCGAGGGCUCAUCAACUGGAAGCGGAAGCGGCUGUUUCAACGAUGGAGGUCUUUUAUACAGAGUCCAGGCUGAGCGAGAAUGUCGGGAGGGACCCGGCAAAACUGUCGAGGAGGCUUGUCAACGUUCGCUAAACCACUUUCCUUGCCCGGGACUUGCCUUUCCGAUGCCAGCUCUCGAUUUCGAUUUUCGAAUUGCGGUUCGUUUAAACCAAGAGGCUGUCCAUGUCGAUUCAGGCAACACCAAAGAAAUCACUACUGUUGCAGCCGGUGUGUGGUCAGGAUCAUUUGGACAUGGCCGUGUCAUUGCAGGCGGUUAUGAUCUUGGUCAGGCACGCGGUUUUCGGCCCAUGAGGCUUGUUGAGGGCGCUUUUGUCAUUCAAACAAGCGACGAACAGCCAGCAUUACUUGAAAUGCGCACGCGUGGUUCCCUCUCAGGACCCGCAGACGUGCUUGAUACUCUAUUAAGCCCCAAGGCACCAAAGGAUAUUGACCCACGACGCUACGGCUUCCGCAUGUUCGCGACUUUCAAGACGUCCGACAAGCGAUACGCUGAGAUUGUCAACUGUGGAUUAUGGGUGGCCAGUGGUGCCUGGCGUGGCGAGCACUUGGUUAUUGAUGCCUACCGUGUUACAUAA